CGGAUGCUUUUCUAAAACAAAUAAAUGUAUUUUGCAUAUUAUGAAGCAACGAGUAUUUUGGCACCAAAUUACAUUAUUUGCAGAGAGGCUCAGUUUUGAACGGGGGAAAAUGAUGUUAGGUAUUCAACGGGACAUAUAAAAGAAAAAUAAUUAGGUUCCCGUCAACAUCAUUUUCCUGCCAGCAGAACUGAGUUCUUGUUAUUUAUUCUUUUAAAAAGGUAAGCUAGUUUUGUUUAUUUAAAAAUUAGAUAUACGUAUUUAAGAUUAAAUAAUAAGGUAAGAAAUAAUUCAUUAUUAAUAAGAAAGAAAAUAUUUUAUUAUUAUAAUUCAAUAAAUAUGAUUUAUCAAUUUAAUUCUUAAUUUUGUAGCUAAAGAAAUAUUAAAUAUUUAUAAUUCAAUUGUAUUCGGAUAUAAUAUUAUAGUAAAUAAUUUCAUGUGGUUAUUCACUCCACAUAAAAUAAAUAGGAUGAUCAUAAUUAAGUCAAAAGUAGGUGUUUCAUGCGUAAUGCAUUAAUGCAUAUAGAUACCAUAGUUAAUUAUUGACAUAGAAUUCACGAGCUAAUUUCAGCAAUAUACGACACAGAAAUAAUUGUACUUUAUCAAAAGAUCAUAUUAUUUAUUAUUAAUUUGUAUAACUUGUGUAUUGUAAAUUAUUUUGAUCAAAAAGAAAAGAAAAGAAAUUAUAAUUAAAACAUCAUUUUCCUGCCAGCAGAACUGAGUUCUUGUUAUUUAUUCUUUUAAAAAGGUCGUAUAAGGCAGAUCCCAACCUUGCACUACCGAGCAUCCCCAGAGCAUUCCAAAGGUAUGCAUCAUCCUUAGUGGUAACUGUCAAUGAACAGGCUGGAGAGUUGUUGAGACGGAGGACACUAAGUCCCGUCACAACAAUAUGGUGGACGCAGAAAAACGACCAUGAGGAAAGUAACAACAGCGGAUAAACUUAAGUUACCACAUCAAUAUUUUACGAGGGCUAAUAAAAAUAAAGAAUCAACCGAUAUUUUCUCUCCUGCUAAUUUAACUAAAUUUUUACCAAGUGUUCUAAGAACAGAUGAACAAAAUCUUCGCUUUGGAGAAACUAUAAAAGAAAUUGAUUUCAAUACAGAAAUCGAGACAGAAAGUACAAAAAUAGGGGGACAAACGUCAACUCCAAAAGAGUCCGAUCUUUUCAAAUUUCAAUUGAUUCAACAAACUCCGGAGGAUCAAAUUGUACGUGACAAAUUUAAACAAUCAGAACCUUCUGCUCCUCCAAUAUUAAAUUCAGACGAUAUACCUAAAUCAGCUGAUAUAUUUAAGUCAGACGAUGAAGAAUUACUAUCAGAAAAAAAUUUAGAACUAGAUAUUUCCAAGGAGAAUGUAAUUGUACCAGAUUUAAAGCCACCAAUACAAUCGCAUCAACGCAGAUUAAGUGACACUGAUCAUUUCUUGCCAGAACAAUUUAAUGACAAUUCUUCUCAUGUAAAAUUUCAGAAAUAUUCGCAGUAUCCAACCUUUCAAGUGAGAGAGCAAAAAAGUGCCGUAAAAAGACGGACAAGUGCAGAAAGAGUAAGUCAAUUACCUAGUGACACAUUUAAUAUUGAUAAAAAUAGUGAUAAAAAUAAGGAUAAUGUUAGAAUAAAUAAAACUAAUCAAUUAGAAAAUAAAUCAGUUCCAUCAAAUUUAAAAAGUCAAUAUUCAUAUCACUCUUAUCCUAAUACUAUAAAUAUGGCUUCGGCACUAAAAUUGGAAAAAUUUGAAGGCGCUGCGUCAGGUCAAGCUGCAUUAAAUUGGCUGUCAGUUUUUCAACAGUGGUGUCAAUUUUAUGAACUAUCGGAUCAAAAGAAAGCAAGUUCUUUCCCUUUUCAUUUAGAAAAGCAUGCAAAGAUUUGGUAUGAUACACUAUCUGAAAAAGUCAAAAUGAAUUACACGGCCUUAAUGGAUGCUUUCAAAAAGCGAUUUAAAAAAGCUUCCGACACAAUGGACUUGUCAGUACUACAAUGUACUCAAAAGAAAGAUGAAAGUUCAUCAGAUUAUUUAAGUCGAUUAUCAAAAAUAGUAACUAACAAUAAUAUUCCGGAGGCAGUAUUUCUGGCAGUAGCAAUGAAUGGGUUAAACUCUGGUAUAAAAGCAUUAGUAAUUACUAAAGAACCUAAAAAUAUUGAAGAAUUAAGGCAUGCAGCUCAAUUAGCAGAGAACGCAACUUCUUCUAACACGAAUGAGAUAAAAACCUCAUAUGAUAAUGUAUUAUCAGAGAUAAAAUCACUAAAGGAUGAAAUUAAGUCAGUCAAUGCAGUACAAGAAUGUAAAACAGAUGAGGAUAUUAACUCACUGGUAAUGGCCACUUCCCCAUAUUCGCCACCAAAUAACCAACAACAACCAGUAAUUUAUAGGGACAGACAACCUCAACGGGACUCGUAUCCUAAUCGACCUUUUUAUAAUCAAAAUUGGCAAAACGGAUCAAAUCCUAAUCGACCUUUUUAUAAUCAAAAUUGGCAAAACGGAUCAAGUCAGAGGUGGGGUCAAAAUUUUGUACCCAGACAAUUUGAUCAAAAUUUCGGUAACAGAGGUCGAUAUCAGGGCAAUAGGGAUCAAUAUCAGGACAGAAGGAAUCCAAAUCAAGAUAGGAGAAAUUUUGGAAAUAAUAUUCCAAGGGGAAAUUACAAUGGAACUAAUAACCAAAAUCAAAAAUGUUUCUACUGUCUAGGAUAUUGUCGUUCAAGAUAUAAUUGCCCAGCAAAAGAGGCUCAAUGUCACGAAUGUGGAAAACGUGGCCAUUUUUCAAAAGCAUGUUUGAGCGCUAGGAAAUCACAAUUUUGAUGUUGCGUGCCUGUCCGAGGCAUCACUUCGG